GUAACUCGUAACGGCACAUUUUGAUGACGUAGGUUAUGUUUAAGCAAGCCAUAGUGAAACCUAUGCUAAUCGAAAAUCAAUUAUUAUUUCAUUUGGGUGCUUAUAUUGAUUUACUGCUUUGCAAUGAACAAAAACAGGGGCAGCGGUGUAUCGUGGGUGAAACCAGCGGAGCCCUCCUUCCUGAAGAAGUUUAAAAAUGAUGUUGGAUACAAAGAAGGGCCGAAUGUUGAUACAAAGCGUCAUGUGAUGCCAACACUGGAUGAUGACAGUGGGAGUGAUCGAGAGGAUGAGCUACCUCAAGUUGUGGUUCUAAAAGAUGGAGACCUAACUUCAGAGGAAAUUAAGAAGAUCAAGGGUAAAAUGCAUAGUGGAGGUGGUACAGAGAAAGAUGAUGAACCUCCUCCAGAUGGUAAAAUCUUUUUCAAGAAACCAGCCAAACGCUCUUCCUCAGAGAAAUUCAAGGGCAUAACUGCUACCUCCAGCAAAAAGAAGAAGAGUGAUGGAGGACAGAAGGAGGAGAAGGAGGUGAAGUCUGGAAAGAAAGUAAAGAAUAACAGCCUUCUGUCAUUUGGAGGGGAUGAGGAAAAGGAGGAUGACUAAAUGGUCAUAGGAGAAAUACACUGAUCAGCCAUGACAUUAAAACCACUGACAGGUGAGGUGAAUAACAUUGAUCAAUCUUAAAAUGCAAUGCUCUGCUGAGAAACCUUGGGUCCUGGCAUUGCUGGAUUAGGGUUAGGAUUGAAUGUUACUUUGACCCCCCUGAACAUUGUUGCAGACCCAAAGAAUUCACUGCCAAUGUCCCAGUACCAGAAACUACAGGAUACUGGAGUGUCCAUGCCCUGACAGAUCAGAGCUGUUUUGGUGGCACACAAUAUUAGGUAGGUGGUUUUAUUGUUGAGGCUGAUCAGUGUAUAAAUAAAGAUGUCCCAAUCCAAUCCCAAGGAUCAGGACAGGGAGACAGAUGCAGGCAUAUUUCAGUGGCUCAGAUGAAAAUCCAAGCCUUCCAUUAGUGUACUCUGCUGUUUUUUUUUUUUUUAUCCACGUCAGCCUAAUCGUGUUGCAGCUCCUCUCCUCUAACAUCACCUGGCUUUACAGUGCAGCAUCCUGCUGCAUGAGCCAGUAACAAUUAGCUUGUGAAAGUGAAAUAAUAAUUGGGCACACUGGUGUCAAACUGACAUUGGGGUUGGAAAGAUACAUAGGUUCACUAAGCUCUGAUGCUCUCAUUAGCAGUGCAGUGUAGGUGCAGUUUCUCAUUUUAGCUGGAGCUGAGCAGCGCUUUUGCCUGUUAAAAUGACAUUGCUGGUGGAAUGUCACCUAAACUACACUUUGCUAUUGUCGGCCUGUGUGCUCUCUGUAUGCUCUUGUCAGUUGUCAAAGGUAGUUUGUGCGUGAAAAAGAACCUCUACUCUGUAACACCACUGUAAAACCACAAAUGGACUGAGAGUUUCCUUUCUUUUCUUUUCAGAUGUGGUUCAGCUUACAGCUUCAAUACAACACAAAGUCGUGUUUGCUAAUAAAAAGAUGACGUAAUGUUCGCUGUGAUGGUUUACCUACCACAAACACCUAGUCCAUAAACUGAGACAUUUUAUGAGAUACUGAUUUAUUCAAUAAAUUGAUUAUAAAAUCAUUGAACAAUUGUAUUGAAAUUGUCAAUGGUAAUGUAAAAUUUUGGGCAAUUUGUAGUUAAUUGGUUUAUGGGCUAAAAAUGGAAAAGCACCAGUGUUCAAUCAUUAUAAUGUCCUUUUUCAUUUAACAUACAACAAGUGAGUAUCAGCAGCAGCCGAGUGCACAUUGUCUUUCAAGCAGGCUGGAGCUACUCCUCAAAAAAUCAGGGUACUGUCAGUUCCUUGCAAACUAUGCAACUAAAUUUAAUAAAUGGAAAUCAGGCAACAGCAGGUAGAAAACCAACCAGGUUACACUGACGAGUCAUUGGUCACCCAGUUGACUGUAAAUAGUUCAGGUACUUAUAGUUGCUGAGUAAAGUAAAAUUGUAAAAUGUAUACACAAGAAGCCCUUAAGAACAUAUUUACAGGUCAAUCAACUCCUAAUCUGAGCAGCUGCUGUCAUGUAGACUUGACAGUUCUGCACACUCUCCACCCUCCUGCUACACAGAUUCAGAACACAUUAAAAGAUUCUUGUCCAUUUGAAGGUUCAUACAUAUUAAGAUGAUUUGAUCAUUUUUUGAAUAUUCCUGCUCCUGUUAACUCCAGCUAAUUUGUUUCCAUCCAUGGUGUUAUCAGAACUGUAAUAGAAGUAGUAUGGAAAUGCUCAUUGUACAAUUUUAUUGAUGUAAUGAAUGUUUGUAUAUUUUCUAGCUUCAAGAAGGAAUCUGUAACAGUUGCAUUCUUGUUGAUGCAGUUGGAUAAUAUAUUUCUAAAUGUUAAUUUGUGUUUACAGUGUGAAUUUUUUAGAGAAUGGUUACGGCUGUAAAAUUUGAAAUAUAAAACAUUAAAAACAAUUAUCAGUAUACA